AUGAAGGGCGUGAUCAUGAGCAUGGGCUUGCUGAUAUUUUGCUGCAUGUCCUUCGCACUCCCCACACUGUUUGCGCAAGGAUACGACAGCGACAUGUCGGACCUGCUGGACGUCUCACGCUUCGGGGCUCUGCUGGUUGCUUCCGCAUACAUCGCCUUCCUCAUCUUCCAGCUCUUCUCUCACAAGCAGACCCUGGAGCAGGAGGAGGAGUGUCUGAAAGAUGACGGAGCCGAGGAAGACCAGGACCGACCACCUCUCGACAUUUGGCUGUCGCUGACUAUGAUGGUGGUCGUCACUGUGAUCACGGACAUCGUUUCAGACUACUUGUGUGAAUCGAUCAACGGCGUCACCGCGGCCAUGAAUGUUGACUUUCUCGGCACAAUUGUACUCCCCAUUGCCGGAAAUGCUUGUGAGCAUCUCGGUGCCGUGCGGUUUGCCAUGGACGACAAGCCGGGUCUCGCUGUUGGUAUUGCCGUCGGCUCAUCGACGCAGGUCGCACUCUUCGUGGUGCCCUUCGCCGUCAUCGUGGGCUGGAUGCUCGAUGUGCCUAUGACCCUGGACUUCGGCAUGAUCAACACCGCUGUGAUCUUCUUCUCCGUGCUCCUAGUGGUCGUGCUCAUGUCCGACGGACGAUCACACUGGCUCAAAGGCUACCUGUUGAUGCUGGCCUACACUUUCAUUGCUGUUCUAUUCUGGAACCUGCCGCCAAAAAUCGUCUGA